CUUUAAUAGAGUUCAAAACGUGCGUCUGGGAAUCUACGGAGACGAAGGAGCUCGUGUUCAGUCAUUUCAGUUUUCAGUCGAUGACGAAGCUAACGUCGACAUGAAAAACAUAAGGAGGUUUUAGUGACCGUUUUAUUUGGGGAUUAUUUACCCUUUAAUAUAAAAAUGCUGCUCAGUUAGAAUGCUACGGGAGUGGACCGAGCGGUUGGAAUGAGUCUCGUUGCCUUCAGCCUUGUGCUGUUCACGUACUACUCUGUGUGGGUCAUUGUCCUGCCUUUCGUUGACAGUGACCAUGUUCUGCACCAGUAUUUCCUUCCUCAGGAGUUCUCCGUGAUUCUUCCAGCUGUUGCAGCUGUUGUGGCUCUUCUCUGUAUAGGUGCCUUCACGGUAGUUUUAAUGUGGAAAAAUCGCAAGCCAAAGAAAGUGGACUGAUCUCUGGGUGUCGGCUGAAGGAGCGUAGAUGAGAAUUGGCCGCUGUCUCCACGAACAACCGUCACCAGCAUCAGUGUCCUGUUUUAGAUGAAACCCUCCACUCUGCGCGUUCAUAUACGACAGAUUCUCCUUGCAGUUUCUUCUCUUGUUUGUUUAGUAACAUGAGGUUUCUAUUUUUCAGCGUUGUGCGUUUUUUCUACUGUAACAGUGUAACGUGUGUUUUGACGGGUCUAGGGUUCAUACUGGGUUUCUUCUAGGCAGAAACCACUGACAGUCCAGAUGGUUGAAGUGGUUGUUUUAGGUCUUACUCGUAAAAAGCAAUAAGACUACAGAACCCAGAUGCUGUCACACCUGUACAUUUAUACAUAUCAUAAUUUAGAACACCUGUUGUGACGUUAACAGAAACACUUUGAUGUGGAGGAUGAGACGGUGUGUGCAGCACUCAAAGUGAUGAGUCCUAUGGUUCUGAUGAUGUUCUGAUGAUUAUGUUUUGUGUGUGGUACUGAUUUGCAGUGAGGCUGGAAAUGACCAUCCUCCUUUCCAUAUUUGAUAAAAGACAUGCUGGAACCUG